AUGAGUGAGUGCCCCCGCGCCGAAGAGGCAAAGGCUAAGGCAGAGGCCAAGGCUGCCCAGGCUGCGGCCGAGGCCGCCAAGCGCAAGUUCAAGGUGGCGGAUCCCGAGUCGAUGGACUACUUUGACUACAAGCAGGAGAUGAUGCGGCAGUACGUGGAGGACGGGAACCAGUCGCACCCGCACAAGUUCCAGGUCACCCACUCGACGGAGGAGCUCCGCGAGCAGUACGGGUCCGAGGAGGUUGUGCCGACCGGCACUGUGAUCGACGACGUCGUCUCGAUUGCCGGGCGGGUGUACAACAAGCGCGAGGCCGGCUCCAAGAUGAUCUUCUACGACGUGCUCAACAACGGGGUCAAGAUCCAGGUCCUUGCCCGCAAGAACGAGGCCGACGAGUCCGAGCUUGAGUUCGAGGACGCGCAUGCCAUCAUCAACCGCGGCGACGUUGUCGGCUUUACCGGCAAGGUCGGCCGGUCGAAGAAGGGCGAGCUCUCGGUCUUCCCGUCCAAGACCGUCCUCCUCACGCCGUGCUACCGCAUCCUCCCGCGCGAGCUCACCUCGUCGGAGACGCGGUACCGCCAGCGGUACCUCGACCUGCUGGUCAACUACAACAAGGUCGCACCCAUUCUCCAGAAGCGGGCGGCCAUUGUGCAGUACAUCCGCAAGUUCCUUGACGAGCGCAAGUUCCUCGAGGUCGAGACGCCGAUGAUGAACAUGAUUGCCGGCGGCGCAACGGCGCGUCCGUUUGUCACCCACCACAACGACCUCGACAUCGACAUGUUCAUGCGCAUUGCGCCCGAGCUCUACCUCAAGAUGCUCGUGGUCGGCGGCCUCGACCGUGUGUACGAGAUCGGGCGCCAGUUCCGCAACGAGGGCAUGGACCAGACCCACAACCCCGAGUUUACCACCUGCGAGUUCUACAUGGCCUACGCCGACUACAACGACCUCAUCGAGAUGACUGAGGAGAUGAUCUCCGGCAUGGUCCUCGCCGUCACCGGCUCGUACGUCGUCGAGUACAAGCCCAUGCACGCCGAGGAGCCGUACACCAUCGACUUUACCCCGCCGUUCAAGCGCAUCCCCAUGGUUGCCGGCCUCGAGGAGGUUCUCGGCGAGUCCAUCCCGCGCCCGCUCGACUCGGACGAGGCCAUCGCCUUCUACCGCGCCCAGGCCGACAAGCACGGCAUCGAGCUCACCCCGCCGUACACCGCCGCCCGCCUCAUCGACUCGCUCGUCGGCGAGCUGCUCGAGGGCAAGUGCGUCAACCCGACGUUCAUCACCAACCACCCGGUCCUCAUGUCGCCGCUCGCCAAGUGGGACCGCACCAACUCGGAGCUCACCGAGCGCUUCGAGCUCUUCGUCGCCACCAAGGAAGUGUGCAACGCCUACACCGAGCUCAACGACCCGUUCGUCCAGCGCGAGCGCUUUGCCGACCAGGCUAAGGACAAGGAUGCUGGCGACGACGAGGCCCAGCUCAUCGACGAGAACUUCUGCACCGCCCUCGAGUACGGCCUCCCGCCCACCGCCGGUUGGGGCCUCGGCGUCGACCGCAUGUGCAUGCUUCUCCUCAACCAGAACACCAUCAAGCAGGUCCUCGCCUUCCCAGCCAUGAAGCCCAUUGAUGAGUCCGGUCCUUCGGCCCCCGCCGACGACGCCGAUGGCCAGUAA